GGGUGACUCUGGGCAGCAGCCGGUGGAUGACAGCUGGCCUGCCAGGCCUGAGGUGUGGCUGACCCUUGAAAUCCCCUUGGCCAGGUGGACAGCCCCUCCCCGUGGCCUGCCUCCUCCCACAGCCUCUACCUGCCUCCUACCUGGGCCUCCACUUAAAUGGCUGAUAAGCAGAUCAGCCUGCCAGCCAAGCUCAUCAAUGGCGGCAUCGCCGGGCUGAUCGGGGUCACCUGCGUGUUUCCCAUCGACCUGGCCAAAACCAGACUGCAGAACCAGCAGAAUGGGCAGCGCAUGUACACCAGCAUGUCAGACUGCCUCAUCAAGACCAUACGAUCUGAGGGCUAUUUUGGCAUGUACAGAGGCGCUGCUGUGAACCUGACCCUCGUCACCCCAGAGAAGGCCAUCAAACUGGCAGCCAACGACUUCUUCCGCCAUCAGUUCUCUAAGGACGGGCAGAAGCUGACGCUGCUGAGGGAGAUGCUGGCUGGCUGUGGGGCGGGCACCUGUCAGGUGAUUGUGACCACGCCCAUGGAGAUGCUGAAGAUCCAGCUUCAGGAUGCAGGCCGCAUAGCUGCCCAGAGGAAGAUCCUGGCUGCACAGGCUCAGCUGCCUGUGCAGGGCGGGGCAGAGCCUGCAGAAGUGCCCCGGCCCACGGCCACCCAGCUGACCCGGGACCUGCUGCGGAGCCGCGGCAUCGCUGGCCUCUACAAGGGCCUGGGCGCCACGCUGCUCAGGGACGUCCCCUUCUCUAUUGUCUACUUCCCGCUCUUCGCCAACCUGAACCAGCUCGGCCAGCCUGCGUCCUGCGACAAGUCGCCCUUCUACGUGUCCUUCCUGGCUGGCUGUGUGGCCGGCAGCACGGCCGCCGUGGCCGUCAACCCCUGCGACGUGGUGAAGACACGCCUGCAGUCCCUUCAGCGAGGGGUCAUUGAGGACACCUAUUCCGGGUUCCUGGACUGCGCCAGGAAGAUCCUGAAACAUGAGGGUCCCUCGGCUUUCCUGAAGGGGGCCUACUGCCGCGCCCUGGUCAUCGCCCCACUCUUUGGCAUCGCCCAGGUGGUCUACUUCCUGGGCAUCGCUGAGUCCCUGCUGGGGCUACUGCAGGGCCCCCAGGCCUGAGAGCCGGGCCACCCCCGGACUAAGCAAGGGGAGGCUCCUAUGAAGGGCGGGGCUCCAUAUGGGGUGGGUUGGGGCUACCCCCACUGGGGAGCUGCCUGGGCGACCGUGGGAUCAAUGUCUUAUUUAUGUAGAAAAUGCAGACCGUACAUUCCUGGAGCUGACUCUCCGCCACCCUGCCCCCUCACCAGAGGGGGCUGCCCUCUCACCCAGCCAGGCCCCCCCAGAGCAGAGCUGGUCUCUGGGCUGGGGGUCUGGCCCUGGACCCCUCCCCCGGCUCCGGGUCUCAGGCUUGAGUCCUGGCCCACAGGGAGUCCCUGCACAAACCUAUUUAUUGAGCCUGCCGAGCUGAGCGACACUGUCCACCCCUCUGUCCUGGGUCUGUCCGCCCCUUACCAUGGCCACCCUGGGAGGCCCAGGGCUCCUGGCCUGAAGAAGGGUUGGGGUCUGCAGCUGCCAGGGGCCUGGGAACAGGUCACAGGGUCUGCUCUCAGGCACAACCCCUUCCUAUCCACUGUGGGACCUAGCGCCUUUGUGGUGGGCCCAUCUGCUCCCACCCCCAGCGGAGGGUCCUGAGCAUGCAUGAUCUGUGUAUGAGCGAGCGUGUAUGUGUGUGUGUGUGAGCAUGCGUGUACCUGCUCUGUGGAGCCAUGCCUCCCAGCCCUCAGCGGCCUGUGUGUGUGUCCCCAGCUCUCUGCUGACCGUCCAGGGUUUACAGCUCCAAUGGACCCCUCCUGCACCGAGGCCAGACCCUUCCUCAGAGACACUCCCCCGGGUUUGGCCCCUGCCCCGUGCUGGUUGGGGGCCACCCCUCAGGGCGCCGUCUGCUCCACAGUUGCCCCACAGGCUCCUGAUCACACUCCAGAAAGCUCGGCUCCCGCCCCUUGACCCCUUGGUGGUGUGCCCUGCAACGGGCGGCCCGCCCGAGUGCUCGUGUUGGUGACUGAUCCUGUGUGGUGGUGCUGUGUCCCCCUCCUCAGUGACACUACCUGGGCUCAGGCCCGGACCCAGUUCACGGUUAGCCCUGGGAGAGCCACCGCUCCCGUCACCUGUCCUUGGAAGCUGCUGCUGCUUACAGAAUUCUAUUUUUUUUUCUUUUGAAGAGUUGAGAAGUAACUUUUUGUGUCUUUGUCAUGUAAGAGGAUAAAUAAAUAUUCUAAGUAGA